CCAGCUCUGGUUUCACCUCACUAUGGCGGCUCCCUGUAACACAUGAAUAUGUGAAAUAGAAAACAUUAUCAAACCCGGGAUGUUUUGGAAGGUUUUUCAGCCGGCUUCACUGAGAAAAAGGGAAUUAGAUGGUUGGUUUUAAUUUUAUUUUAAUCAGGCGUAAUGGUAAUGAUACUGAAGUGUACAGAGCGGCUGUAUAUAUAGGGUUAGGUAGCUAGUUGUAUUAGUUUUAGCUGCUGCUGCUGCUGCUACUACUAUAGCUGUAAUAAUGCAGCUCUUGCUGAGACCCCUGGUUACUGGGGGGUCUCUGGCUGGCCGCUUGUCUCGGGUAAAGGUCUGCAGGAUAAAGCGGAGGACUGCAGAGGGGUCCACACAGCCAUGCCAGCCCUGCACCCUGAUCAGACACAGCUGGAUGAAGACUGGCUCUGUUUCUACUGACUCUACCAGACAGCACAGCUCCUCACCUCACAAGGACGAUAUUGAUAUGUCAAAGUUUCCUGUGGAGAGAAUAAGAAACUUCAGCAUCAUCGCUCAUAUAGAUCAUGGAAAAAGCACCUUGGCUGACCGGCUACUGGAGAUGACAGGUGCCAUUGCAAAGACUGAGCGUAAUAAGCAGGUGUUGGAUAAGCUACAGGUGGAGCGGGAGAGAGGAAUCACAGUGAAGGCACAGACUGCCUCUCUGUUCUACCAGCAUGAUGGAGAGACAUACCUACUCAACCUCAUCGACACACCGGGUCAUGUUGAUUUCAGUUAUGAGGUUUCACGGUCCAUAUCUGCCUGCCAAGGAGUCCUGCUGAUUGUGGAUGCUAAUCAGGGAAUACAAGCACAAACUGUAGCCAACUUCUACUUGGCUUUUGAAGCUCAGCUGACCAUCAUACCUGUUUUAAAUAAAAUUGAUUUGAAAAAUGCAGAUCCUGACCGAGUGGAGAAGCAAAUUGAAAAGAUCUUUGAUAUUCCAAAGGAGGAGUGCAUCAGGAUUUCUGCUAAACUGGGCACAAAUGUGGAUCAAGUCCUUCAAGAAGUGGUGAAGAGAAUACCUCCUCCCACAGCUAAAGUUGAGGAACCGUUUAAAGCCCUGGUCUUUGACUCCACGUUUGACCACUACAGAGGAGUGAUAGCCAACAUUGCUGUGUUUGGAGGACAGGUCUGUAAGGGCGACAGGAUCGUCUCAGCACACAUGGGAAAGACGUAUGAAGUCAAUGAACUGGGAAUUCUCAGACCAGAUGAACGUCCUACAGAGAAACUCUAUGCUGGACAGGUGGGCUAUGUGGUUGCUGGGAUGAAGGAAGUGAAGGAGGCUCAGAUUGGAGAUACACUGUAUCUCCAUAAGCAGCCCGUUGAGGCGCUGCCAGGCUUCAAACCUGCUAAAUCCAUGGUGUUUGCAGGCAUCUAUCCUAUGGACCAGUCUGAGUACACCAGCCUGCGCAGUGCAGUGGAGAAGCUGACCCUUAAUGACUCCAGUGUGACGGUACAGAGAGACAGCAGCCUGGCUCUGGGAGCUGGGUGGAGACUGGGAUUUUUGGGUUUACUUCAUAUGGAAGUGUUUAACCAGCGUUUGGAUCAGGAGUAUAAUGCUUCAGUUAUAGUAACAGCUCCAACAGUGCCGUACAAAGCUGUCCUGUCUUCUGCCAAACUCAUUAAGGAGUAUGGGGAGGAGGUGGUAACCAUCGUGAACCCGGCCCAGUUCCCAGACAAGUCUCAGGUGGUACAGUAUUUGGAGCCCAUGGUUACUGGAACUAUUAUCACUCCUGACGACUUUACUGGCAAAAUCAUUAGCCUCUGUCUGGGCCGCCGAGCCAUUCAGAAGAACAUGGUUUAUAUCGAUGACCAUCGAGUGAUGAUGAAGUAUGUGUUCCCUCUUAACGAGAUUGUGGUGGAUUUUUAUGACCAGCUUAAGUCCAUGUCCUCAGGAUACGCGAGCUUUGACUAUGAGGAUGCUGGAUAUGAACCGGCUGAACUGAUUAAGAUUGAUUUCCUGCUCAAUGGGAGACCAGUGGAAGAGCUCACCACUAUUGCUCACAAAGACAGAGCGUACAGCAUGGGGAAAGCCAUGUGUGAGAGGUUGACUGAGUCCAUCCCCAGACAGAUGUUUGAGAUUGCUGUGCAGGCCGCCAUUGGAAGCAAAGUAAUCGCCAGAGAAACGAUCAAAGCAUAUAGAAAAAAUGUUCUAGCAAAAUGUUAUGGAGGAGAUAUCACACGGAAAAUGAAGCUGUUGAAGAAACAAGCCGAGGGCAAGAAGAAAAUGAGGCGCAUUGGAAACAUAGAUGUGCCAAAAGACGCUUUCAUUAAUGUUUUGAAAAGGAAGUAGACGCUACAUUUCAAGGAAAUGUAUCAGAAAAAAAUCUACUUGCACUCAGAAGGAAGUGUCUGAUUGCAAUGUCACAGUGACGAGUCCUACUUUUGUUAAGAUGGAGGCGAGCUGAAUGUUUUGUUGUCAUGCAUCACAUGUUCAGAAGACUUGGUGUCAUGGUGUUGAGUGCAGUUUGUACAAUAUCAGAUCUUCUUUGGUCUUCAUUACAGCCUUCUACGACAGACUAAUGUUAAUAAGAUUUACAUUUAGAUCCUGCAACCAGUGGUCCUUUUCAGGACAUCAUUAGGAACCUCUACAACUUCUGGCUGGGAUGUCAGGCUUAGGCCUAUUGUUAUACAUGCAAUGCAUACAACUUCUCUGUGUGUUUGGUUCAAUAACUAAAACCCAGUCUUAUUUUAUUUUACAUAAUGUAUUAUUCCUGGUAACCUUUAUCUUCCUUCUGAAUAGUAGUACAAAGUAACACUUCUUUCUGGGUGCAGUUUUUUUGAUAAUAAGUGUAUUUCCCCAGGUGUACAACAAGCAAAGAACAUUUGAAAAUGCUGCUACAACUUUAUAGACUAUUUAUUAAAUAGUUACCGGGCUUUGACAAUGAAACUGAAACACCUGUCAUUUUAGUGUGGGAGGUUUCAUGGCUAAAUUGGAGCAGCUUGGUGGCAAAUCUUCAUUAAUUGCAUAUUGCACCAGUAAGAGCAGAGAGUGAAGGUUCAAUUAGCAGGGUAAG